AUGAAAGACGUGCAUUCUGUAGAAGAUACUCUAGAAGCAAAAGCCAUACUCAAGGCAGUCACUGUGCCAUCCAAACAUAUUGAUGAACUCCCAGAGGGAGCUGUGAAGCCUCCAGCAAACAAGUAUCCUAUCUUCUUUUUUGGCACCCAUGAAACUGCAUUUCUAGGUCCCAAAGAUCUUUUUCCCUAUAAGGAAUACAAAGACAAGUUUGGAAAGUCAAACAAACGGAAAGGAUUUAAUGAAGGAUUGUGGGAAAUAGAAAAUAACCCAGGAGUAAAGUUUACUGGUUACCAGGCAAUUCAGCAACAGAGCUCUUCAGAAACUGAGGGAGAAGGCGGAAAUACUGCAGAUGCAAGCAGUGAAGAAGAAGGUGACAGAGUAGAAGAAGAUGGAAAAGGCAAAAGAAAGAAUGAAAAAGGAGGCUCAAAACGGAAAAAGUCAUACACUUCAAAGUACCAGGAAUGGAACUCAGGACCAUGCAUUUGCAAGAAAUCUUCUAAACAAUCCCGGAAAUCUCCAGGCGAUGAAGAUGAUAAAGACUGCAAAGAAGAGGAAAACAAAAGCAGCUCUGAAGGUGGAGAUCCUGGAAAUGACACAAGAAACACAGCUUCAGACCUGCAGAAAACCAGCGAAGGGACCUAACUACCGUACUGAGUGCUGCAUAUUUCAAGAAACCACAGAAGUUUAAAUGUUUGGUUGUCCAAUAUUCUUGGAUUUGAUAUGAACCGACAGAUAGUCUUUGUUGUCGUUGACAGAACCCCAGUUUGUAUGUACAUUAUUCACAUUCCUCUCUGUUUUGUUGGAAAAAAAAGACAUUUUAACCUUUUUAAGGUUAUUGAUUUAAUUUCAUGUUAUUAGGUUGCAUGAUGUUGCCCUUUACCACUAAGAAUUAUCAAAAAUUUUGCACAGACUCACACGUCUAGGAUCCUUUUAUCAAGGCAGUUAUGUUCAUCAUUUUCCUGCCUUUACCCCACCAUCACCAAACACUUAUUUAAUAUUUUAAGUGUUUAAUAUUAGCAUUUUAAGUAGCUUAAGCAUUUUAAUGCUUAAGAAUGGGAUUUCCUCUUUGACAGAACCCAAGAACUAAUUCCUAGAUACAUGUUGGUAGAUUGAAGAUGAAAUUCAAAUCAUCCUUCAGCUUUGAGGCCACGUGUAAAGUUUAACUGUACGUACAAUAUCUAUACUGUAUUAGAAAUAGCUAGUUUACAGCUGAUACUUCUCAAAACUCAUGUUGUUAUGUACACAAUGUGAGUUUCUCUGUGUAAAGUUAGUGAGUCUUUUUGUGUUACUCCAAAAUAAAGGAUUUAUUUUUUCCCAGUGCCAGUAUAAUUUGAGAUAAGCAUUCGAGGUAAACACAUUUUAAAGCUGAAAUCAGCAGCAGCCCUAUGGGAAACUACACAAAGCAUUGAGUUUUAAAUAUAGACUUUUAAAAUUAACCGUUUUCUUUUUGGAACUAGAAUUAUAAUGGUUACUGUUUGUCCACAAGCCAUUACUAUGUGUACAUUAUUGUUGCUACUGUGAUAAUAGAGAAUUUUAUUUAUUUUUAUGCCAGCUUAUAUUGUGAGAACACAUUUAGUCAGUUUGGGUUUCAUCAAUCCUGUUAUGCUUGUCCUUUGAACAUCUUUCAUAUAUUGAAGGUUUGUAGUUGAAAAGUUUACUGUAAAAAAAAUCAAAAACAAAAAAAUGUACUGUUUUUACAGAAUAAAUUUAUUGGAAUGUGUACUGGGAGUAAGCUCUGAGGUUGUAAACAAAGUUAGUGUAAUUUGGCUUUAUUUAUGUAAUUGUGAGGUACUCAUGUAAUUCAUAUAUUAACAGCAAGUUGACAUUUGAAUCAAGCGCAGGUAAGGGCUUUUUUUCCUCCCCCACUUUUUAAUACUUUGGGUUUUUGGUUAUUUGGGAGGGAUUGACAGUACAAUUUGCCUGCAUAUCUAGGUAAAUAUUUACCAGCUCAGUGGACCCUAAAUUCACACACUUUGGUAUUACUCACAUUUUGACUUGUACCCCCAUUUCCAUUUCCUUUUGGUUUCCUUGUUUUGGUGAAGAGAUAAUGAGCAUGAAGAGAAAAGCUGAGAAGACGAUGCCAAUGGUGGUGAUGGCAGCAGAGGCUACACAAACUAAUCCCGUGCACCACUGCAGGGUACUGAGGAGGAGCUGUACUUUUGGUCUAUCCCUGUUUAGCAAAUAUUGAUUUACUCUGUUACACUCACAGUUUCAAAUAUGAAAAGUUCAUAAAGAAAUUAGUAAGGAUUCCACCAGUACUUUUUUUCUUAAAGGUAUUUUUAAAUUUUGAAUCUUUUAUUUUAAAAUUUUGAAAUGUUUAAUUCAUCAAAAGACCUCUUCAUUGCUCACACUAAAAUAUGAAAACAGACUGCAUUUUGUGUAACAGGUUUUCUUAACUAAAAAAGCCAAAACUUAGGAAAAUAUAUAUAAAACAUUUGAAAUGUAGUAAGAUUUGUUUUCAUAGGCCAAAAGUAAUUUUAUUAAAAAUAUAUGCAGAUAUACAAUAGAAAUUUUUCCAGCCACCAGUAAAACAAGUGUUUGUUACAGGUAAUGAUAAAGCUAAUGGAUUGUGCUUUAGCUAUUUAGAUUGACACAUACAAUGAACUCAUAAAAGCAAUUUUUAAAAUAGCAGUAAAUAAUACAUUUUCCUUGGGAAAAUAUUUUUAAACAGUUAAAAUAUUUUGAUGAUCUGCCUUUUAAAUUGAGGUUGAUAGUGUAGCAUAUGCAUUUCUCCAACCUGUGAUUGCUGUUUUGCAUUUUUAUAUGUGUAGACCAUAUUCACUUCUGAGUAGUUUUUUUUUUUGCUCACUAUUAUAGGCACUAAAUUGUAAUUUUUCACACUUACAGUUAUUUAAUAUGUACAGACAGAAUCUUGAGAUACAUGGUCAGGUUUAUUCACAGACAGUUUUGAUAUAUUUCCUUAAACAUGCUGUUUUUCAACAACUUCAGUUUUCCUUCCAAAAAGAAAAGAAAAUUUAACCACACAACACUGUGUUACAGCUCACACAUAGAGUACAGAGCAAGAAUUUGUUUUCUGUGGUAUUUGUGUUUGAGAAGGGAGUGAAAUGGGACAAAAAUAAUGAUUACUAAUAUAACAAAACUUAGUAAUCUAGAGAGAAAGAAUAUAAUGUAACAUUUUUAUUCCACCUUUUCAUCUGACUUUGUUUUUAUGAAGAACUCCGGUUUGUAGAUACAACGAUAGGCCAAGAGCUGAGGAAGAACUCCAUAUGCUAUGUUUAAUGCUAAAAAUAGGAUUUUCGCUUCUUCAGGGACUCUGUAGACAUAAGCAGUUCUAGCAUGGAGAGAAGCACCAAUGUGAGAAAACUGAGCCUGUUUUAUUGGGGGGGAAAAAGGGGGGAGAGUAUAAGCAUGAAAUAUAUUUCCAUUGGGAAAAAGAGUGAGUUCUUGGAUAGCUAUUUCAGACCCUUCUAUGCCCUCAAAAUCAGCCUCACAGUAUAAUACCUUCAAGUAAUCCUAGUCUUUAAUAUGAUAGUCUUUCAUUAAAUCUGGGGCCAAUCUUGGUAUCUGUGUUCAAAUAAAAUAUAUUGUGUUUAGUUUUAUCAUGUCAGUUCUGUUAUCUAACACACCCAGUCCCCUAUAUUAAACAUUAGUGGCUGAAUUCAACAGAAAAAUCUUUUUAUUUUUCCUGAUUUGGAUUCUGUAGGUCCUACAGAGAGACUCAGCUUUGGCUCACAAAUUAUUUUCCAAUAAAAAUGAAGAAAGUACAGAGUUUUUAAAGCUAAAAUAUAUUUAAAAUAGUAAAUUAUUUAAGAAGAAGCACUAAGGAACUCAGCUUCACUUAUCAAUCUUUCAGUUACAGCAGAGAGCAAGUAACUGAGCAAAGCCCUUUCAUUUACAUAUUUUUAUUUAUUUAUUCACGUAUGUUUUAUGCGACUUUAAAAAAUACUAAGAAUUGUUUUGUAUUAUUAAGUUAGCAGCUUGGGUUGGGGUAGGAAUACGAUUUCUCUUUAUAAAAUGGCAACUGUAUGGGUGAGGAAGCCUUUUCAAGUCAAAUUGUAAUUUAUUUAGAAGUAUGACUUGUCAGCAUAAUCCAGGUUUACAAAAUGGAAAGGAAAGGGCAUCCCUCUAUACUUGUAUACUUGUUCAAAACACACAUUCAGAAUGUACCAGUUGGUCUUUUUU